AAAUGGCCACUGAAGGCGCGCAUGAGCCAUUUGAAGACGACACGAAUGCUAAAAUGAAAGCGAAUAUGCUUGUUUAAUAUAAAAAUGAGUUCGCGAAAAUGCGACCAUAACAGCGGUUCAUGUGUUUGCAGCAACUUCUCAAACAACAAACACAGGCUAACAAUGCCCUGCAAUGACAGUAUUAAUCACGUGAGUAACCUCAAAAUACCAUUAAGCUGGAUAAGCCUGGAUACUAACUUGUGGAUGUGUAUUUAUUGUGGUCAAGCGAUGGCAAUAACGUAUAUAGAAGGCGCGAAAUGUGAAGUACAAAUUUAUAGACGAAUCAUAAAGAUAACAAAAUGGUGCCGCUGAAAAUGUAAAGCGUAAUCAAGACAAAAUCAACAGAAGAGAUGUGAAGGAAUUUCACUGUAGCUUACCAAACAUGCAGAUGCCGUGGAAGGGCACCACACCCGACGGCGGUCCUUCAUAAUUUCUACCCUUAACCGGAUAUUUCUCAAACUGUAUUUGAUUGGCGAUUUCUGUGUCGCGUGAGAAGCAAAGCAUAAUCUGAUAGAGCACAUCUUCGAAAACAAAAUACUGAUCAUCAUUGGAAGCAGUCAAUUGAAUAUCCUUGAAGAUAAGCUUGUCCACAAUAUGAUCGGUGGUUAAAACUUUGUUGCGCAAACGCGCCCAGUGAUCGCAUUCCUAAAGUGAGAAUAAAGAAAAGUGAAAUAAUUAGUGAAGUAAAUGAAUGAGUGUAGAAAAGUAUAUAAAAAAUGUGUUGAAAAGUGAGAGCAAAGAAAAGUGAAAGAGUGAGUGCAGUAAAGCAUACAAAUGUGAGAGAAGUGUAUAAAAAAUGUGUUGAGUGAUAUCUAAUAUGAAUGAAAAAGAUCGUAAGUGAUCAUAAAGUUCAGUGUUUCUAAAAAAAUAUGAAAGUGAUGUUUGACAGCAACCACCAACCACCGCUCACCAACCUGUCCAUUCAUGUAACUGCCAUGCGACAGCACAAAAGACCAGAGUUCGCCACGAAAAGGUGCUGGCGUCCUGCCCUUCUUCAGAAAGUGUUGACAAAGUGGCGCUUGCUUGGUGUCCAGUAUGCGUUUACAUUGUGUGGGAGGAUGAUGAGAAAAUGGACAUCAUGCGCAAAGCAUUCCAAAUGUUCGACACCCAAAAGACCGGUUUCAUUGAAACACUCCGCCUCAAGACCAUCCUGAAUAGUAUGGGUCAAAUGUUCGAUGAGAGCGAAUUGCAAGAUCUCGUCGAUGAGAAUGAUCCCGAAGAUACCGGCAAAGUAAAUUUCGAUGGUUUCUGUAAUAUCGCGGCACAUUUCCUCGAAGAGGAGGAUACCGAGGCUAUACAAAAAGAAUUGAAAGAAGCUUUCCGUUUGUACGAUCGUGAGGGUAACGGUUACAUUACCACAUCCACUUUGAAGGAAAUUCUCUCGGCUUUGGAUGAUAAACUCUCCUCAAGUGAUUUGGAUGGUAUUAUUGCGGAAAUCGAUACUGACGGUUCGGGAACUGUUGAUUUCGAUGAAUUCAUGGAGAUGAUGACUGGAGAUUAAUUCUGCUCAUGUACACCUACACGCGUACCUACCUAUAUACUUAUAUGUUGCAUACAUAUACACACACACACACACACACACACACACGCUUAGUGUUGCAACGAGGAUGAAGAUGAAGGAGCGGAAAACUGCAAUAAAUACCAACAAUAAAAACACACGAGCAAAUUGUUAUGGAUCGUUUUGUAUGUUCUACUUGUUGUUGUUGUUUUUGUUGUUAUAGUCAUUGAUUUAACAAAUGUGUGUAUUAAAAUGAAAUUAAUUAUAAA